CUCCUACUUACAGUAGUAUUCGUAAUUACUAGAACAUCAUACAACUAUAAAUCCUUUCGCACGUAUUUGAAAAGGAGGACGAGGACGCGGCACAUUUUGACGACAGGUUACCUCUGAGUCUCCCUUGAACGUCUCAUUUCCGUUUCCACUUGUUUUUCCCCCUCUCUCGCUUCAGACGACUCUAAAUGUUGCUUUCGUGUGUUUAAAAUAUCCAUAUAAUGGAAUGUGAGACGAUAAAUCGGCCCGCCAUGUUGUUGUUGUUUUUUUAAAUCUAUUUCACAGCGGUCAUGUGAUGGCAACGAGAAUAUAGGAGGAGGCUGGAUGUCCGAGGCUGCCUGAAUGCGUCCCUUCCCUCAUAUCGGUCUUGGCCUCUUUCUUGUCGGUCCGUCCGUCGGUCCCGCACUGCCGUGUGGCAAACGGAAAAUUCUCGGAAGACACGCUGUAUGUGUGUGGCACAAUAGUACAACAAGCAGGGGGUUAAAAAAAAAAAGGCGGAUUGUGUCCGUGGACAUUGUGACGUGGGAGCUAGCCCGGCAGGUGCACCGCGGCGGCUUCGAGAUUGUUCGCGUCUGCCAGUGAGCCCACGCCGCCCGCGCCGGUGCCCCCUCGGGGUGGGGGGGGGGAGACAGCCUCUCCGGGCCAGUGAGCACCGCUGAAGUCCGACGAGCUUCCUGUCACCGAGCCAUCCAUUUUCUGUAGGGCUUCGGGCAAGAGUCGGGGUCCACCCUGGACCGGCCGCCAGUCAAUUGCAGCGUUUUCAUUUAUGACGAACUCCGUGGUCGAACUCAUCUGACUCAUCGCUUGUGCCUCGCCUCAGCGCCGUCGCCAACAUGGCAUCCGGACCGUCGGACCAGUCCGACGUCCUGCAAGAUGAGCUCACGUGCCCCGUGUGCUUGGACGUCUUCCACGACCCGCACCUGCUUCCGUGCGGCCACAACUUUUGUAAGAUGUGCCUGGAUCGGCUGCGGCGCUUAACGGACCAGAGCCGCUUCCAGUGCCCGGAGUGCCGCGACAGCCACCGCUGCAACAGGAGCUUCCAGAAGAACUUCAAGCUGGCUAACAUCGCUCUGGACUUUCGCCGUCGACGUAGAGCGGCCGCCGUCGACGCGACGGCUCAGCCUCCCAAAGAGUGCGUCGCGUCCACCCCGACCGGCCAACAAGAUUACGUUCCGUGCGACUACUGCCCUCCGCCGUCCGGCGCCGGCGCCUCUGCGGACGCUGGCUUCUCGCAGGAAAGAGGCGACAUGCAGGAGAGCGCCGCCCCCUCCGGCGCGGCAGUCAAGAUGUGCCUCAAGUGCGAGGUGUCCAUGUGCCCGGAGCACGUCAAGCCGCACCUGGAGCUGCCGGCGUUCCGAGAGCAUCCGCUCACGGAACCCAUGAGGGACUUCUGGAAGAGAAAGUGUCCCGAUCACGACGAGAUCUUCAGGUACUACUGCCUCGACGACAAAGUGUGCGUGUGCAACGCGUGCACCAUCGAAGGGCGACACCUGGGCCACACAAUCAAGACCCUGAAGAACACCAUGAAAGACAUCAAGCAGGAGGUUUUGAACAAACAGCUCCACAAGACUGAGAAGAAGUACGGCAUGGCCAAGAAGAAGCUUCACGAGCAGACGGAGAAGGAGAGACAGAACAAGAAGUUCUUGGAGGAUGCCGAGGGGUGCCUGGCCAGGCUUCGUCAGGAUCUGGAGGAGAAAGUGUCGGCCUUCGUGAGCCGACUGAUGCAGUGCACGCGUACCAACUGCGAAACCAUCGGGCCCGCCAUCCAGAAGAACAUCUCCCGCAUCUGCCAGGACCUGGCUCGACUCCGCGAGGUGCGUUGCGGCAUCAAGAGCCUCGUGCAGGAAAACGACCCGUUCCGCUUCAUCGAGGCCUACAAGACCACAGGACGACAAUGCCGUAAACAGCUGAAGAGGAGCAUGUUCUACCCGGAAUACGUGGACAUGGAUCCGGGGCUUCUGGGCAUCAUGAUGGAGGAGGAACUGCAAAAGUUCCUGGACCUGGAUCUUACGUUUUACGUCUUUGCAGCCAUCAACUUCAUAUGUCAACGCUCGGAUAUCGCGGAGGAGCGGGGCGAAAACGAGGACGUCGCCAGGCAGGCAGACGACGACGACGACAACAACGACGACAACGACGACGACGACGAUGACGACAACGACGACGACAGCAGCGAGGAAGAGAUGAGCGGGGAUGAGGAGGAAGAGGGAGAGGAGGAGGAGGAGAAUGAAGGCCAUGAACUGAGUGAGUCUGAUGAUGAACUUUACGUUCCUGAGGAGGAAGAGGAAGCUCAGGAAGAGGAGGAAGAGGAUGAUCGGGAAGAGGAGGAUGAUGACGACGAGGAGGAUGGCGAAGAGAGAGAUUAGACGCGCACACGCACACACACAAUGCUGUAAUAAUUUUUUUAUUUUAUUUUUUUUCAAACCCCGUUGCUGGGUAUUUUCCUCAUUGAACUCUUAAUUAAAAGCAGUUGUUUUGAAAAGGCAAAGGUUCUUGGUUGGAAUCUUGAUUCAAACCUUGUGUGAGGUUUUCAUUGUUUGCGUGGCUUUCCCCCUCCCACAUUUCAAAAACAUUCAUUAUAGGUUGACCUGUGACGUCAGCUGGGGGUCAGCAGAAACUAUAUAAUAUCCCCCAAAAAAAGUCAUGUUCGUAUGCAUAAAUACUUUAGGGAGGUGGCUUGCAUUGUGCUAACAAUUAACAGCGACUGAAUGAAUUAACAGCGACUGAAUGAUUAUAUUUCUUAAAAUGUUAUGAUGUUCACUUAAGCCAGAGCACUUUAAUUCAGAGAUGCUAUAUUAUGUUGGGCCUGCUGUAUUUGAAUGUUGGCUCUAAAUAUGUUUUGCUACAGGUGAUUUAGUGAUAAGCCAAACUGUUAAUAAAAUAGUUUUUGAAAUGAAAA